AUGGCUCAAGAUACUUCAAGGAAACGUUCAGACUCCAGCUCCGAGUCGGGAAAACAGCCUAAGAAACGCCAAAGAAAUGGUUCUGAUGAAAAGGACACCAAAUUACCUCCAAUUCACUCGUUAAUGGGUUCCAAUCACGAUAAGGAUAACAACAAUCAGGGUGUCGUGGACGACGAUCCAAAAACCACCGAUAAGUCUGUGGAUGAGCCUCCUACUUCUUCAGACUCAAACAAGCCUCUUCAGCAACUCGUACAGAGCUUGGACUCCAAACCCGACCUCGCGUCUGACUCGCCUCGGAACGAGCAUAAUAUUUACCCCAACUCACACGUUCCACAAACACAUAUGCAACCAGUGUUCUCGGGAGGAUAUCCAGCGCCUUUGCCCUUGCAAUAUCCAUCACUGUCUCCACAGCAUUACAUGCCUAACCCGUCAGGGUAUGGUUCCAUCCCUCCAGGUUUUUACCCCAUGGAGAUGGCUCCCCCCGCAACGGAGGACAAAGAGUCUAGCAACAAGGAUGACCCGAAGAACUUUAGAUUUGUGGACAUGAAUAGAGGAAAUGCCUCUAUUCCUGGAGGUUUGGGUGGGACUCCUUCGACUCUUACUGCUCCUUCUAAACAAGCAGAUCAACAAGCUUACCCGUACACUCCACCAUCUAAACAUGAAAUGUCAUAUCAGGAACGAACCACAGAUGAGAAUAAUGCCCCCACAUUUAAAAGAGAAGGCCAUAAAGUUGCCCGCAUCCAGAAAUGGACCGAAGAAGAAGACUCGCUAAUAAUUUACUACAAAGAACAAAUGCAUUACUCCUGGAAGAGUAUUGCUCAACUUAUCGGAAAGACACAUUCCUGGCAGGCCGUGCAAAUGAGAUAUUUGCGUACUCACAAGCUGCGUAAUGCUAACUGGUCUGAGAAGGAUGAAAUCAGACUUAUUAAUACAAUCAAGAAGGAUUGGAACAACCGUUGGAAACGCAUCAGCUCUGAUCUUGGUCCCGCGUUUACUCCUGAGCGAUGCCAGGAUAAAGCGUCCAAGUUGGUUAAAGCUAUAGAAUCAAGCUAUGUCAGCAAAUUGUUUGAGCAGAGUACCGCGGCUGACAAUAUACCUCACAAUAAGAAACUGAUGAUGAUAUACCGUGGAAUUGAUGUAAUAUCAUACACUGAUUCAGAAGAUGAAGAUCAAGAUACCCCUAAAAAUAAUCCAAUCAAAGAAAUUGAUAAUGCUACCAAUGACGAACAACCAACUACUAAAGCAGAUCCUGUUCCGAUCAACAGCACUACGCUCCACCAUCUCAAGGAAAAUAGUGAUGCAAACAGUUGA